AUGCCAACAGUCAAUGACGACAGCAAACUUGCAUCCCUCAUCGCUCUCCUCGAACCCUCGUCCUUUCCACCAGACGCGUACGUCGACGCCCUCCACGAGACGCGCGGGGACUUGGAGCGCGCCGCCGAGCUCUUGUUGUUGAGCGCGACGCCCGCCGAGGGGUCGUGGUCGUCAACAGCAAGCGUGAAUGGCGCAGGCAUCAGGAAGAGAAAGAAGGGGCUGGAUCACUGGUUCCGCGCCAAACACCCGCCACCUGCAACCACCGCUUCAACGUCCACACCAGCGUCGUCGUCGGGCUCGAGCUCAUCGCCUAACCGCCGCCCCACACGACGGUCGCCGUCUCCCGAACUGGACCGUCUCGCGUCCGCCUCGCAAUGGGCCACACUACUCAAACCCCCUUCCCCGUCCAAGCUCCCCUCGGCAUCGUCCACGACCCGCCCUCCCCCGCACCGCGGCGCUGCGCUGCUCCUCACGUCCCCCUCGGCCAUCGCGUCCGCUGGACUCCCACUCGCCCUCCUCUCCUCGCCGCUGUCCCCGCAAAUGGCCGCUGCGCUGUAUUACGAGAUGCUCGCCGAGUCGCCCGAGUGGCCACGGAACAAAUGGUACCUGGCCGGACGCGAGGUGGAGUCCAACCACCAGGCAACGACAUAUUCGCGUCCCGGCGGCGGGUUUGGGGGCGCCAAAGUCGGCGUCCCGUACUAUUACGCCGCGAGAAAGUAUGAUGCCAAGCCGUACACACCUGUCUUGGCGGAAGCAUCGCGUAUAGUUGAGGAGGCGGUGAAUGCCCAUCUCGACACGAUGCCCCGCUACCCGCUCGAGUAUCGGGGCCGGUGGCGGGCCAACAUGUGUGCUGCGAACCGGUAUGACGGCGCGCAGAGCACUGUGGGAUGGCACGCAGACCAAAUGACAUACCUCGGUCCCUACCCGACGAUUGCAUCGCUGUCGCUCGGCACCCCGCGCGCGUUCCGUCUGCGCCAGAUCGACGCCGUGGACGAGGCGUACGCAAGCACGCGUCCGACAAGGACGUACGAGGUCAACCUCGCGCACAACUCGCUCGUCCUCAUGACGCCCGGGUGCCAGGAGCGCUACAAGCACACCGUGCCGCCGCAGCGCGCCCUCGACACGUUCAGGCCACAGUGGGACGCGAAUGGUGGCGCGGUGGUUCCCGGCGAGGGCGAGACGUAUACCACCAGGAUCAACAUUACCUUUCGGUUCUACCGCGAUGACCCUGCAACAGGUCCCCGUGGCCCACGGAGCGGCACGCCAAUGUGCAAGUGUGGCAUGCCGACGAUCUUGAGGGCAGACCAAAAGGCCAAGGCGCGUAGCCGGCUGGGCGCGCGGUCGUCCCUCGGAGGAGGACAGAGAGUGACACGGGACGGCACGACCAUCUUGGACGACGACAUGGUGUUUUUCUGGCAGUGCCAGAGUCCCGGGACCACGGGCGAGAUCAAGGGGUGUAGUUUCUUCAAGAUCUUGGACAUGGGCGGAGAGGGGAGGGGCCCGUGUCUUGGAGACGAAGAGGAGGACGAGAACGAGAACGAGCACGAGGUCGGCCCCGAGCAGGAUGGGAGUGUCGAGGCUGCGCGUGGUGCACAAGUGGAGGAAGAGACAAAAGUGCCCGAGUGUGAGGGCGAUGCUGUUCGAUAG